UCAAACAGCUUCCAGAGCGAGGAAAAACUUCCACCGAACCUAGUGAUGGCGGCCGCUGAGUCUGUGAGCGCAGCUGCCCGGGACGAAAGCGUAGACACGGGACUCACUUUCACCCCUCGUCCUCUGCAAGGCAAUGCCGACCUCGCUUCCGCGGCGGACCACGAAACUUGGAGAGCUGGAGACCAACACCACCACCGCCGCCGGCAAUCCGAACCCGUACCCGGCGAAGAGGACUAUCCGACACCGGGACGCGAAAGUCAGCGGAGGGUCGACGAGGACCUCGCGUCGCUGAGCCCCGAGGAGAUCGAGAGCCGCUUGGAGAGAACUCGUCGCGAGUUUUUCAACCGUCGAAAAAUAAUCAUCAAAAAUCUGCCCUCGGACGUUAGCAACCAGGAGGUUCACGAGCUGCUGUGCAACUAUGACUUGAAGUACUGCUUUGUUGACAAGUACAAAGGCACAGCGUUUGUGACACUGCUCAAUGGGGACCAGGCACAGUCUGCCAUCAAAGAGUUCCACCAGCACAUGCUGCGCGACAGGGACAUCUCUGUGCAGCUGCAGCCGACGGAUGCUCUGCUCUGCAUCGCCAACCUGCCCCGGUCGUACACCCAGCAGCAGUUUGAGGAGUUGGUGCGACCCUUCGGUAACCUGGAGCGCUGCUUUCUGGUGCACAGCGCCUCCACUGGGCACUCCAAGGGCUAUGGCUUUGUGGAGUACAUGAAGAAGGACUCGGCGGCCAGGGCCAAGUCGGAGCUUCUGGGGAAGCAGCUGGGCUCCCGCAUGCUGUACGUCCACUGGUCUGAGGUGGGGUCGCUCACGUACCCACUGCUGCAUUCCAAAUGUCUGUGUGUGGACCGCCUGCCCCCAAACCUGCUGACGGCCCAGGACCUUCGCAGCGCCCUUGCAGACACCCAUGUACCAGUCUUCUGCCAGUUGGCUCAGGGACAAGACGGAAGUUUUAAACGCUUUGCGGUUUUGGAGUUUGCCACCGCAGAGAUGACUGAGGAGGCACAGCGGCUGACUGAAGGCAGGCUGCUCGGUGGGACACAUAUCAGGGUGUCCUUCUGUGCCCCCGGCCCUCCUGGAAGAAGCAUGCUGGCCGCCCUUAUUGCUGCCCAAACCACGGCUGUGAACAGGGGUAAAGGUCUCCUCCCUGAUCCCACUGCCAUGCAGAUCCUCACAGGCCUCAAUAACCCGGCCACCCUCAAGAUGCUGCUCAACCCACUGUCACAGGGACACAAACAAGGUGAAGGAUUCUCACCAGCUCCCAUCAGCUUAGGUCUACUUGGAGCCGCCCCUGCGAUGCCACUCCUGGCCAACCCAGCACUCUCGGCCGCCCUGCUCCAGCUGCUCCUUCAGAACCAGGCCAAGGCCCAGCAGCAAGCCUUUCUGGGAAAUCAUCUUCUGUGGGCUCAGGUGCUGCACAAUAAAGAAAACCCUCUAGUGCCUUGUCAGGCAGGACUCAUGACGGAGAAUCCUCUGGCCGCUCUGCCUGUCCAGCAGGGAGUCCAUCUGCUCGGAGACCUGUCCCAAGGUCUCGGUCUGCAGCCGGACCCUCUGGCCCCACUAAAGCCAAUGCCUCUUGGCAGAGGCCUCACAAGGGAUCAGGAAUCUCCCACAGCAGGCUGCGCCUUCCCCCAGACUUCCUCUCCCACCCUGGCGGGCAUCUCCAUGCCCCUGAUGAAUGGCAUGAGGGGAGCAGAUGGCCUCACAGCACAGGGGGUGUCAAUACUCGGAGAUCCUCCCAAAGACAUACCUCUUCCUCAGAGUGCCUACCUCGCUGUCAACCACAGUUUUCCCUCAGGAGGAAGCUGCAGGCCUCAUCCCUACAGGAAGAGGCCUACACUGAGUAAUGUGUCCAACCAGCCCACACACUACAGCGUACAGCCCAAUUACAACCUGCGUUACCAGGACUCCUACAGCCCCGAGUAUCCUCCACUCCACCAGGAUCCCCUGGCCCACUUGUACGAACAGCAGGAGAACCUUGAUACCGGGGCCCUGGCAGGAUUCGGACAGCAGCUCUCGCGUCAUCCCGACUACAGCGAGCCCUUUUCCCACUAUGGUUUCCCUCCCAGUCCACCCAUGACCUCGUACUUCAACCCAGGACCUGAAGUCUCCACUAACGGGAACCUGCCCGCCACCCAACUCAACCGGGCUGUGGGAAUGCCUCCUGUGAGUCACCCGGCUAACUACCCCCCAGGCCUGGAGAAUGCUGCCAAGACGCCCAUCGGUAGCCACAAGCGCCUCUUCUCCCGACUGAUUCCUUCUCCGGAGCCGAGUCCCGAGGGUGGCUAUGUGGGCCAGCACUCUCAGGGCCUCGGCGGCCAUUACGCAGACUCCUACCUAAAGAGGAAGCGCAUAUUCUAAAACGCAGUGGAACACUUUUAAUAAAGCUGUGCGUUCAGCCCCAUGCUACAGCCAGGAUGUGAAGGUAUCUCCUCCAGUGAACACACACUCGGUAGUCCUUGGAUUGGUCUCAUGUGUACUCCUGUGAUUGACCACUGGGGGGGCGCUAAAGAAGGCAGCCUGCUAGUAUGUGGAACGUUGUGUGUGUAUACAUAUGAUUUUAGUGUGUUGGUAAAUUAAUUUUAGAUUUUUAAUUUUCUGUGGAGCUUGUACAGUGAGAAAAAAAAUGAUUUUUUUUGGCUUUUUUUUAAUUCCUGUAUUGAGUGUGAUUCAUCAGCAGGGCUUAUGUGUAGUUUGGCCAGUUUUUAAUGGUUUCAAUUUUGUAACCUUCACUUGAAUGAAGCUGUCCACACCUUCACGCAAAGGGACGACUAUAGUUUGUAUAAAUCAAGCUUUACUUCAAACGUGCUACUUUUUUAAGUAGCCUUACUAUUUCCAUGUAAAAAGUUUCGCAGGUUUGUUUAAUGAGAUUGUGUUUUUGUGUUGUGGCGUGUUGUGUUUUUUCCCCUUUUUCUUCCACUGGUUUCUUUGGCUGUAUUCUAGAUUCUGGCUUUUUCCUCACCGGUUUACGUUCAGCUUUCCAUCCAUGACUGCUAUGUGUUCGCCUUAACUUCUUUUUCCACGUUGUUCUCGUCUGUUUUUGUUCCGCACCCAUCCAUCCUGUUGUUGAUGUACGGAGUUCUCUACACUGGUUGUCGAGUGAGUGAUGCACUUUGAGGUCACAGCGUUUCAGUCCGUUCUCACCCUCUAGAGGAUUCCAUUUUCAAGUCUCCGGGAAGUUGAAUCAUUUCAAUGUGGUGUUUAUUUUAAUUUUAUUUUUUUUAAUGUUAAUUUUUGACUGUCUUGUGUCGUCUCACCUGUGUUGAAAGAGUUGGGUGGGCGGGGCUGUGAACACCCGCUGUCAUGUCGUCCUCCUCCAGCUCUUAUUUAAUGAUCUCGUUCAAAUGAUGAGGCGACGGCUCGAGUGAUGGACACGGCAGAUGUUCACAUGUCCUCUGGGGGUUAAACUAAUGGAAGCUACUGGCAGGUGAUUGGUCAAUGACACGACUGUCCUUGUGGUUUUUUUUUUAGUUUUUUUUCCUUUUAUUUUUUGUGAAUAAUUAUCUGGUUGACAGUUUGAUUGUGAAAACCCAUUACCUCUGACACUCGAGCCUUGACGGUGUUCUCUCUGUGACCUCAUCUGCCCUGUGUCGGCUCCCAUUUACAUUUAUCAUUCCUGUGUUUAUUUGCCGUGUAAAUAGUUAAAAAGCUUGUUUUUCCCCGAGUCCAAAACCUGCCUCUGGCCGGGUGUUUUUUCCUCUUUAUUUUUGAAUGAAUUUGCUGCUGCUCCUGUUGUGUAUUUGUUGGCCUGUAUGUGUGAGAAGUGACUGCUCCAUGUUGUGUAUGGACCAAGAGAUAUAGCUGUUGGACUGUGAUCAUCAUUCACUCUGACUGCGAUCCUCUCUCCUCUGAACCGCCAUGGCCGUCUCUGUACGUGUGCGUUUGUGUGACAUGAGCAAGUAAAUGUUAUUUAAACUCA